AUGGCGCCAGUCAAUGGCUUCUCGCCGCAAGAGAUCGCACACCUCACCUCCAACGCCGGCAUCGCAAAAUCCCACCUUAGAUGGGGCGAACUAAUCGUCAAAGCCUUCCUCGGCGGCGUCUUCAUCUCUCUUGGGGGUCUCGUCAACCUCAUCGUCCUAGCCGGAAGCCCUGGCCUACGCGAAUCAAAUCCUGGACUGGCAACUCUGAUCGCCGGCUUUACAUUCCCUCUAGGCUUUGUGCUGAUCACACUCACGAAUAUGGAGUUGUGCACGAGCAACAUGUUUGUCAUGCCGUUCACCGCUCUCCAACGCAAGAUUUCUGUUCUGGACAUGGCAAAGAAUCUGGUAGUUUCGUAUCUGGCGAAUUUAUGCGGGUGUCUGUUUGUCGCUGGCUUCCUGGGUUGGUGGAGCGAUGUGUUUGACACGGACACCAUGUCCUCGUACGCGGUCACCCAAGCCCAGAACAGAGUCAAUGUGCAAUGGUCGGUGAACCUGUUGCGCGGCGUAGGUUGUAAUUUCUUCGUCGCACUGGCAUUUUUUCUUUCCAUCGGAGCUGUGGAGUUUGUGUCCAAGGUCUACACCAUCUGGAUUCCGGUCUGGGCGUUCGUUAUCGCCGGAUACCAACACAGCAUUGCAAACUACUUCAUGGUGCCCAUUGGCAUGUUUUACGGCACCAAUUUCGGGGUUGGAAAGUUUAUCUAUCAGAGUGUUAUUCCUGUCACCAUUGGAAAUCUGAUGGGUGGGAUUCUGUUGGCUAGUCUGCCGUUCUGGUAUCUUUAUGGCAGGGAAGAAAGGAUGGCGCCGAAUGUGCAGACUGGACAGCCUGUCGAUGAGGAAGAAAAGACGAAAAGAAGGGGAAGGAGGAGUCCGGCUAGCGAUGCUGAGACUGUGGUUGGUGGACAAGGGUCUUCGAGUUCUGGGUUGAGAUAUGAUCGGACUGGUAUGACUCAAGCUGCUUGA